GGGGGUCGUUCGGCGGAUUUUUUUUUUUUUUUUUAAAAAGGAGGCGAGUCUCUCCGGAGCGGAGAUGGAGGAGUGGAGGCAAUGCGGCCGGUGGUUGAUAGACUGCAAGGUCCUGCCCGCGAACCACCGGGUCGUGUGGCCCACCUCGGGCGUGUUCGACCUGGCCCAGGCUCUGAGGGACGGGGUGCUCCUGUGCCAGAUGUUGCACAACCUCUCCCCCGGAUCAGUGGAUCUGAAGGAGAUCAACUUCAGACCCCAGAUGUCACAGUUCCUGUGUCUCAAGAACAUUCGGACGUUUCUAAAGGUGUGUCACGACAAGUUUGGUUUGCGGAACUGUGAACUGUUUGACCCAUUUGACCUCUUUGACGUAAGAGACUUCGGCAAGGUAAUCUCUGCUUUAUCGAGGAUCUCCCACCACAGCAUUGCACAAAUCAAAGGCAUCAGGCCUUUUCCAUCUGAGGACACAGCUCUGAAUGAAGAUGAUGUGUACCGGAGYCUGGAGGAGUUGGCUGAUGAGCAUGACUUGGGCGAGGACGACAUCUACGACUGCGUGCCGUGUGACGACGACGGAGAUGACAUCUAUGAGGACAUCAUUAAGGUGGAAGUACGACAACCCAUGAUCAGAUACAUGCAGAAAAUGGGAAUGACAGAAGACGACAAGAGAAACUGCUGCUUAGUUGAGAUCCAGCAGACUGAAGCCAAGUACUACAAGACUUUAGAGGACAUUGAGAAGAAUUACAUGAUCCCAUUGAAGCAAGUCUUCAGCCCACAAGAAAUGGAGGCUAUUUUUGUCAACUUUGAGGAUAUAAUCAGAGUCCACUUUGCCCUCCUGCGGGCCAUCGACCUGAACAUGGCCAGUGGAGGCAGCGGCCUUGGGAAGAUAUUCCUCGACUUUAAAGAAAGGUUGUUGAUCUACGGUCAGUACUGCAGCCACAUGGAGAAUGCCCAGAAAACACUGGAGGAGCUGUUAUUAACACGAGAGGAUAUAAAGAUUAAAGUGGAGGAAUGCACCAUGAAGGUGCAAGAAGGGAAGUUCAAACUGCAGGAUCUGCUGGUGGUUCCCAUGCAGAGGGUCCUGAAGUACCACCUACUACUGAAGGACCUUUUAAGUUAUUCAACAGACCGACCUGAGAGGCAACAACUCAAAGAAGCUUUGGAGGCUAUGCAGGACCUGGCCAUGUACAUCAACGAGGUCAAGAGAGACAACGAGACGCUGAAAAAAAUCAGUGAAUUCCAAAGUUCAAUAGAAAAUCUUCAGCAGGUGAAGCUGGAGGAAUACGGCCGGCCAAAGAUCGACGGAGAGCUGAAGGUGAGCUCCAUCGUCAACCGAACCAAACAAGACCGGUAUAUUUUCCUCUUUGAUAAAGUGGUGAUUGUGUGCAAGAGGAAAGGCUACAGCUACGAGCUGAAAGAGAUCAUUGAGCUGCAGUCGUAUAAAAUGUCAGACGACCCCAUGAACAACAGAGACAUGAAAAAGUCGAGUGGAAAAAUGUGGUCUUAUGGUUUCUACCUGAUCCAUUUGCAAGGGAAGCAGGGCUUCCAGUUCUUUUGUAAAACUGAGGAAACCAAGAGGAAGUGGAUGGAGCAGUUUGAAAUGGCAAUGUCCAACAUCAAGCCGGAGAGAGCCACCGCCAAUCAGCACAACUUCCAAAUGCACACGUUUGAUAAGAACACCAACUGUCGAUCCUGCAAGAUGCUCCUGAGGGGCAUUUUUUAUCAGGGCUACUACUGCACUCGCUGUGGAACAGGAGCUCACAAAGAGUGUCUGGAAAGGAUCACCACCUGUAAAAUCAAUCCUCUUGACAUGGAGCCUGGAUUGUCGCCUGGACCAAAGAUGGUGGCAGUGAGGAACUACCACGGCACACCAAUACCUUCAGGAAAAACUCCUCUUUGUUUCCAAACAGGAGACGUUAUUGAGCUGCUAAAGGGAGAUCCAGACACCCCGUGGUGGGAGGGGAAGCUGAUGCAGACACAAAAGAGUGGCUUCUUCCCCAGCUCCUGUGUGAAACCUUGCUUGGACCCAAAGCCCUUCCAGUCGUUGACCAGCCGGCAGUCCUCGCGGGAAACUGACUACUUUGGAUAUCCUUGGUUUGCGGGGAACAUGGAGCGCCAGCAGGCAGACAACCUUCUGAAGUCCCACUGCAGCGGGACGUACCUUAUCAGGGAGAGGACGGCCGAAGCCGAGCGGUUCGCCAUCAGCAUCAAAUUUAACGAUGAAGUAAAACAYAUCAAAGUCACGGAGAAGGACAGCUGGAUUCACAUCACCGAAGCAAAGAAGUUCGAGAGCCUUCUGGAGCUGGUGGAGUAUUAUCAGUCCCAUUCACUGAAGGAGAGCUUCAAGUUGUUAGACACCACGUUACGCUAUCCCUACAAGACCAGAGAGCGCUUGUUAAGUCGGACGAGCACUCGCUCACCAGCAGCAACCUGCGCCUCGUACAAUUUCUCCUUCCUCAGUCCGCAAGGCCUCAACUUCUCCUCUCCUCCCACUUCGGCUCCCUUCUGGUCAGUGUUCACUCCUCGGGUGGUCAGCACCGCGGUGGCCCGGUACAACUUCGCGGCGCGGGACAUGAGGGAGCUGUCCCUGCGAGAGGGAGACAUCGUCAAAAUCUACAGCAAGAUCGGCGGAGACCAGGGCUGGUGGAAAGGAGAGGCCAACGGGCGAAUCGGAUGGUUCCCCUCAACCUACGUGGAUGAAGAGGGAGUCCAGUGAGGCCCGGUUCCUUSUCCAGUCAGGAAUCCUCUUCUAUCUGCUGUCCUCCGACAAAAUGACUCUCACUGCAGGAAAAGAACACGGAGGGGAAAAAACAAACUGUUCUUCUUGCCUUUGCUGGAAACAAACUUUUUUUUACUGUUUCUUUUGAUCUGAAAUCUCCAAAUUUUUUAUUAUGCAUCAGCUUCUAUAUUUUUUUUAUUUUUUAUUUUUUUGCGAUGUUUAGUUUAAUUUCUGUACAGCAAAGAAAAAAAAGAACAAGCUGCUGUUUGUCCACCUCUGAUCUGCAGCAGAAACUCACUGUCGAUAGCUUUAUUUUGAAAAACUGCUCCUCUUUUGUUGCAGGUCUGUGCAAACGGAUUAUUUGUACAGCAAAGAUAAUUUAUUGAAUAGAGAUUAUUAUCAUUACUAAUGCUUAUUGUGAGGAAGUUGGUUU